UUUUUAGUGUUAUCGUUGACGUUGUUGAAAAUUACCGUUCCGAAACCGGAAGACUAUGUUGGUUUUAAUAGCGUUUAACUGACAUUCGUUUAUUUUGCUAUUGAACAGCUGUUUAUAUCCAGUGUUUCUGCAGUUGUACGUACUGCCAGUUGUGACUUCGUAAUUGAUUUUUGGCUAACUGCGAAAUAGCUUUUGUAUUUUCGAACGUUUUCUAUUUAAUUCUAUUUACUUUUUCUCCGGAUAAAGUGUUGUGCCUUCCGUUGGAAACAAUGAGCUGCAUGAAACAAGAACCUCGAAGUGUUUCCCCUCACUGCCCCAAACCUGAUGAGUCUGAGGAGCCACUGGGAACAGCAAUGGAAACAGAAGCUGCUAAGGAUACCAGUUUGAAAACUGAGAAUAUCCCAUCUGAACCAAUUGUCACCAAAGAAAUGGAGGAAGAGGAGCAACAUCUGAUGGCAGAAGGAGAAAAGAGAGCGAAGGAAAUGAGGGAAAAGGCUCAGCAAUCUCUGGAGAGAGAGAGUCAUGAAAUGCGGUUUAAAAGACUGCAACAUUUGCUCCAGAAGAGUAACAUCUACUCUAAAUUCCUGCUGACUAAAAUGGAGCAACAACAGAAUGAGGAGAAAAUCAAGAAGGAAAAGCUUGAAAAGAAGGCCAAGAAAAGUACGAACAGCACUGGGCCUGGAAAAGAUAAAAAGAAGAGACGAAGGGAGGAUGACUACAAAAUUGCUGAUGUCAUGUCCAAAGAAGAAAUCAUGUCGCAGGCCAAGAGAAUUAAAGUGGAGGCAGAGGAAGCAGCCACAGCCCAGAAGAUGCUGGAUGCCAACGAUAUCGAAAAUAUGAGCGACACCAAUCAAGACAUCAAGAAUCGUUUGGCAGAGACGGUGCGAGACAAUGCCAAACAUCUCCUGGAUCCUGACAGGAAGGUGAAAGGAGAGCCAGUUCCCGCUCAACAGCCACACCUCUUCACUGGUGGGGUCAUGAGGUGGUACCAGAUCGAGGGCAUCGAGUGGCUUCGAAUGUUGUGGGAGAACGGCAUCAAUGGGAUCCUCGCCGAUGAGAUGGGACUGGGAAAGACAAUCCAGUGCAUCGCACACAUCGCCAUGAUGGUCGAAAAGAAAGUCAUGGGCCCUUUCUUGGUGGUGGCACCACUUUCCACUCUGCCCAACUGGAUCAAUGAGUUCAAGCGCUUCACACCAGAGGUGUCUGUGCUGCUUUAUCAUGGCCCCCAAACUGAGAGGAGCAAACUGCUGAAGCACAUACGCAAAUCCCAGGGCCCCCUCAAUAUGUGUCCCGUCGUCGUUACCUCAUUUGAGAUUGCGAUGAUUGACCGAAAGUAUCUUCAGCGCUGUCAGUGGAAUUACUUAAUUGUUGAUGAAGGCCACAGAAUCAAAAACCUCAACUGUCGACUAGUGCAGGAGUUGAAGAUGCUGCCCACUGACAACAAGCUGCUGCUUACGGGGACUCCACUACAGAACAACUUGGCCGAGCUCUGGUCUCUUCUCAAUUUUCUCUUACCUGAGGUCUUUGAUGACCUGAAGAGCUUUGAGUCUUGGUUCGACAUUGACACACUUGGUGAGGCAGAAAGUGUGGUGGCUGCUGAACGUGAACGGAACAUCCUCAGCAUGCUGCACCAGAUUCUGACUCCAUUUUUGCUGAGGAGACUGAAGACUGAUGUGACACUGGAGAUUCCUCCAAAGAAAGAGAUCAUUGUUUAUGCCCCUUUAACUGCCAAACAAGAAACUUUCUACACUGCUGUGGUGAACAAGACCAUCGCAAAAGUCCUUGGUCAGCAUAAGACUGAAGCACCUGUAGGGUUGACGCCAGAUGGCAGACCAAAGCGUUGCAGUCGAAAGCAGGUAGACUACGCUGAAGCAGAGGAUGAUACACCGUCAGGCUUAGAAAAAUAUCUGGAAAAGCUCCAAAAGGAACCGGAGCAGAGGUCCUCCUCUCCAGUGCUGGACAUCCAGUGCCCUUUGGAUGCACAUAUCAACCUAAAGAUGCAGAAUAUUCUCAUGCUGCUAAAACGAUGCUGUAACCACCCUUACCUGGUAGAAUACCCCCUGGAUCCAGCCACACAAGAAUUCAAGAUUGAUGAGGAGCUGGUACAGUGUUCUGGGAAAUUUCUCAUACUGGACAGACUUCUGCCUGCACUCAAGAAAAGAGGACAUAAGGUACUCGUCUUCAGUCAAAUGACCUCCAUCUUGGACAUUCUAAUGGAUUAUUGCUAUCUGCGUGGCUUCCAAUACAGCCGAUUGGAUGGCAGCAUGUCCUAUGGUGAUCGGGAAGAAAAUAUGGCUAAGUUUUCCAAAGACCCAGAGGUUUUCAUUUUCCUGCUCAGCACCAGAGCCGGAGGGCUUGGGAUCAACCUCACAGCUGCCGACACGGUCAUUAUUUUUGACAGUGACUGGAACCCUCAGGCAGAUCUGCAGGCUCAGGACCGCUGUCAUCGCAUUGGGCAAACUAAACCAGUGGUGGUGUAUCGUCUGGUGACAGCAAACACUGUCGACCAAAAGAUUCUGGAGAGAGCCUCGGCAAAGAGAAAGCUGGAACAGAUGGUCAUCCACAAGAAUAAGUUCAAAGGUGGGAGGGCAGAGUUGAACCAAACUAAAAGCUGCAUUGAUCUGGAUGAGCUGAUGGAACUGCUCCAAAACAGAGGCAUUGAGAAAGAGGUGCAAUCAUCAAGUGGGCAAGUGAUCAGCAAUAAAGACCUGGAGUUUUUAUUGGACCGCAGUGACUUGCUGGAUAAAGGAAAAAGGGGAACGAAGAAGGAGAAAGUUGGAGUCUUCAGAGUUAUCGAGACUGCUGAAUCAUCAGACAUCGCCUUGACUUAAAAAGACCCGAAACACUGUAUUAACUUCAAUAACAUUCCUUCAGAUGUAAACGCAAGCAAUGCUCAGAUGACUUCGGACUUCAAGAACACGCUGUCAAUGUUUUCCCUACUGUUUGAUGAUUGUACACAUUUAAUGUUGACU